AUGGUAAAUGAAAAAAAAACCAUUAACGAAGCGAAGCUCUUUGCGACUGGUUCGUAUAGCACUAAUACACGUGAAUCCGACUUCCCUUGGAAGAACCACGGUAGACCUCUGGUAUGCGAGAAUGAUUCUGACGCAGAAGUGCCAGCAAGAUCCCAUGACUAUAAGAUUCCAACAGAUCGUCAAGAUAAUGAACAUGUGAGUGCACGAGUUAAAAGCACGCACGCGCUUUGUGAGAGUCUGAGACUUAUCAUGGAAAUUCCAGAGAUGUGUGACGUCACGUUUCUUGUCGGACCACGUGAAAUACCUGUGCAUGGAGUUCGAGCCAUUCUUGGGACCGAAGCAAGUACGUUAACACUGACUCGUGCUUCACAAAUCUCUUCAAAACAAUUUCAAAUCAUGUUUUCGUCCAUUUUCAGAGUCCUGUACCAGCUUAUAAUCAAGCACCUGAAUCUACGUGAGACUGGGCUGAAAUACACCAUACAACCUUCUUUACGUCACUAUGGAGACCGACUUAUCAUUCCCGUCAGGAAAUAUGACGCCGAGGUGUUCCGAAUGCUUAUCCAGUUUGUUCACAGCGGUACGGCCACCAUCACAGAUUCCACCGUUUUCGGUUUACUUUGCGGAGCAGAUCAGUUUGAGUUGAAGGACCUGGAACAAGCUUGUUGGGAGUAUAUGGACCGGCGAAUAGAGUGUGAUUGCGGAGAUGUUUGUCGUCUGCAAGGGCCUACCAAAAACCACAGAAAAGCUCAUGAAAUAUUCAAUACAAUUUAUUGCACGAUCGAAAGACAAAAUCCAGUAUCAGCCAGCAGUUCCUCCAGAAAUCUUUACGCUUGAAACAGAAGCAAUAAAUUAGCUCUAGCGAGCAGGACUUACUCAUCUCUACCCUUCCACCUUGAGGAAGAACGAAGCGCAGAACUAUACAAGAGUGUCAUCUUCAGUCGACACGGUGUGUGUAUGUGUGUGUAAGACACGCAACUAGAAUAUCUGGAAUGUAGUAAGUGCGGCGCCGGACAUGGACUGUAAUCCAGUGGCACUUGGAAAGAAGUCCUCAUCAACAGUGUAUUCUUCUGCAAUUAGAAGAGUUUGGUCAUCAUCGCAGUAUUGAUUUACUAAAACUGGUGUGUUUGUAACUAACAGAGUGAAAAAGAUAUAUUCGCAGUAGUGUAUUUAGGACUAUGCAACUGACGGCAACGCAGCAAAAAGACAUGAUCUAUACAUUAAGUCACGUGAUAAGAGCUUUAUGGUAUUGGACUCGCAAUAACACUCGGCAAUUUCCGUGUGAUGACGUAUUCUCAGUCGAAAAUUCGGUAUUCUCCGGACGUAAAUAUACUUUAACACUUUCGUGGCUUUCCGUGAAAAGCGGAGAAUGCCGAAAUCGCUUACGGAGAACACGGAAUUUGGCGUUCGUCAGUACGGGUCUACUGUCUUAACUUGCUAAUAGAUAGUUUCUAUAGUAUAUGUGCGAUUAUCAAAAUUGGUGCUGAAAACUUUGUACAAAUGUUA